AUGAUCAGCUCAGACCCCAAGUCCUCCCCUGGCUUGGCUCGGUGGGCCGAGAGCUAUGAGGCCAAGUGCGAGAGCCGCCGCUGUCGCCGCAAUGAAACCACUUGCCGCCAGCCAGGGAAGGUGCUGAGGACCCAGCACAGGGAACGGCUUCAGAGAGCUCGGCAGCUCCAGUUCCUCAGAAGGAGAGACCUGGAGGAUGAGAAGAGAGGCCAGGCCAAGGAGCAAGGGCCCUCCCAAAAGACAGAAGGAGGGACAAGCCAGGUGACUGUCCUCAAGGGGUUCGUGCCUGGUGCCAACUAGACCUCUUUCCCUGGGCAGCAGGUAACAGGGACGGGCUCUGCCAUUUUCCCAACCCUGUGUCAUUCCUCCUCAAGCAUCCACGGAGACUUGGACGGCCUCCAUCCCUCACACAUGACAGCCUCUCUGCUGCAGGACUCUGCCAUCAAGAAGCCACACAGACAGCACCGGGGUACUCAGACAAAGCCGGAAGAGGCACAGCCAGCAGUAAAGAACGAUGCCAGUCAGCAAACCAACUGUGGAGUUGCAGUCCUAGACAAGGACAUCAUCCAGCUCUCCGAGUACCUCAAAGAAGCCCUACAAAGGGAGCUGAUCCUCAAGCAGAAAAUGCUGAUUCUCCAGGACCUGUUGCCUGCCCUGACCCGGGCUUCUGACAGCUCUUGGAAGGGGCAGCUUAAUGAAGACAAACUCAAGGGCAAACUAAGGUCCCUGGAAAACCAGCUCUACACCUGCAUGCAGAAAUACACUCCCUGGGGAAUGAAGAAGGUGCUGCUGGAGAUGGAAGACCAGAGGAGCAAUUACGAGCAGAAGGCCAAGGAGACACUGCAGAAAGUGCUGGAGGAGAAAAUGGAUGCAGAGCAGCAACUGCGGAGUGUGCAGCUGUCCCUGGCUUUGGCGGAACGGAAGUGUGAAGAGUGGAGGAGCCAGUACGAGGCUCUAAAGGAGGACUGGAGGACACUAGGGGACCAGCACAGGGAGCUGGAGAGCCAACUGCAUGUGCUUCAGUGCAAACUACAGAGAGCAGACAGCAGAGACUCACAAAUGAACCAGGCCCUGCGGCUUUUAGAAAGUGAGCACCAGGAGCUGCAGGCCAAAAUUGAGCACCUGCAAGGGGACAGAGAGCAGCAGAGCUCUGACACCCGGGACCUACAAGAUCAACUGAAGAGGUCAGAGGAGGAGAAACAGGCCCUGGCGAGCAGAAUACAACAGCUGCAGAGUCUGCUUCAGAAACAGUCCUUACUCCAUCAAGAACAGGAGAAACUCUUAAAGAAAGAUCAGGCUUUACCUGUGUGGAAUCCAAAGCUCUCCCCUGAUGAAGCAAAGCCCGAGAGUACAGGGGAGGAGAAAGACUGGGAGCUCAGAGACCAGCUACAAAAGGAGACAUCUCAGCUCCAGGCCGAGGAAAAGGAGCGGCAGUGUGGCCAAUGGCUCCCGGUGCUGAUGGUGGUGAUCGCUACAGCACUGGCGGUGUUCCUGGCAAACAUAGACAGCCUGGUGAUAUGAAUAACUUCUGGCAUCUGUCUGUCUGUCUGUGUAAAAUUCAGAAGCAAACAAUUCCAUGAAAAACUUGAGUUUUGGACUUUUUACAACUUGGGUUUUCCCUCUGAGUGAAUCCAGAGUCCUAGUUUGUUUGUUUGUUUUUUUUCACCAUGUUCUAAAUAAACUUUAUCUCACAAGACUAUUCUUCAGAACUGUAUAUUCCUGGAAAA